AUGGCGAAAGAUACGAUAGCAUCAGAAGAUCAAAAAAAGGUUUUCGUCUGUGAAUUCAAGCAAUGGAGAAAUAAAUUGUAUUCAGGUCCGAGGUUUCGCGAACAAGAUAAUAGCUAAACUAAUAUUCCGAUGGAAGCACAAAAACUCGAUGGAGCUGUUCUGUGCCGCGGAGCUGGCUGAGCUCUGCAUGCGAGCUCGUGAGCUCAUUUGGUCGGAGCCGAUCUGUCUCCAAGUGACGGCGCCGAUCUGUGUGAUGGGCGAUCUGCACGGACAGUUCGACGACCUUCUGGGCAUGUUCGAUCUUAACGGAUGGCCGCUGACAGAAACGGAAUUCCGGUGGUUUUAUGUCAGUUCGACUUGGAAGUCAAUCAAGAGAUUUCAUUUAUUCAGGAGAAGGUUCGGAAUGCCGAUAAGCAGGAGAAGAAGUCCGCUCAGCAGUCCACAAUGAAAUCCACGAUGGCCGAUCCGACUGCGCCGCCUCCUCCCACUCCGAGAGCUGGAGCCGGUUCUGACGUUGAAAUGGAAGAAGACCUCGGAUUUAAGAGAUAUCUGUUCCUGGGAGAUUACAUCGACCGGGGACCCUAUUCCAUAGAAGUGGUCGUUCUUCUUUGUGCCCUCAAAUUGGCAUAUCCCGACAGAAUUUUCAUGCUCAGAGGAAAUCACGAAUCCAGAUCAGUCAACUGCCAUUACGGCUUCUAUAAAGAGGUCACAUAUCGGUCGGAAUACUUGUUGUCAUCGUAGUUUUUCAUCAGUUGUUUUUCAGUUACGACGUGCAGCUGUACGAGUUCUUUCAGAAUCUGUUCAAUGUUCUUCCGUUCUGUGCAGUCAUUGAGAAUGCGAUCAUUUGCAUGCACGGAGGAAUCAGUAGUCAUUUGACCAGUCUCUCUCAGUUCGCCGCUUUCAAACGGCCGCUCGAAGUGGCCGACGUCGGAGUUCUUGCCGAUCUGACAUGGGCGGAUCCUGAUCCGGUAUCCUUCCCCGUCCUACUCUUCAUUAAUCACUUUUCAGAGUGUCGUCGAAUACAAACCGUCGCCUCGUGGAGCUUCUUCUGUUUUUGGACCCCUUGCCCUUCGUAAAUUUCUCAAGAAACUCAACCUCCGAAUGGUGAUCCGUGCGCAUCAAGUGGUUGAAGACGGCUACGAGUUCUUCGACGAUCGGCGUCUCGUGACGAUCUUUUCGGCUCCCAACUACUGCGGGCAAAAUGACAACACGGCAGGCAUCAUAUCAAUUGACAAGACUCUGGUAAGAAGCCCACGGCCCGGCUUUUCAUACAUAGGACUUUCGGUUUUUUUCAAUAUAUCUCCAGAAAUCGAACAUAGGGACCUCUGAUUUUUUGAUAAGAGUUCAAUUUUACUGGGUUCUUCAAAAUGAGCCAGGUCAGAGGUAAAUGUAAGGUUUCUGAGAGAAGUUACAGCUUCACAAUUUCCACUCCUCCGUAUGCUUUGCCGACCCGUGAAGCCCUUCAUUUUUCCAUGAUAAUCGUUUGCGUUCAGCACAUCUCGAUUACUGUGUAUCGGCCGGAUAAGAGAGAUAAAACUGGAUUUGACAAGGAAAGGAAACAAAGGGAAACGGCGGGGCAGAAGACAUCUUGA